AUGGAUGCAAGCAGAGAAAGGAACACGAGGAGAGAGGAGGAUGCCGAACCCCAGGUGACGAAGCCAUCCAGGUUCAACUUCCCCGACUGGUUGGUCUGGUACAAAAAGCCCGAGUACCGAGAUUUCAGAGAGUAUGCCAACGCCAUUCGGAACGGAAGGAGGCCCAUGAGCAGAGACGGACGAGACAAAACUCAAAUUCCGGCACGGUUGCGCUUGGAGAAAGUUCUGGCCAACCAGACGUGCUCUCCUAUGUCACUGUACGACUUUUACAUGUACCUCAAGUACAUCGAGUUUUCCCCCGAGAACCUUGAGUUCUUCGUCUGGUUCCGGAAUUAUGAAUCGUCAUACGCCAAGACCGGAAGUCUGAACAACUACCCCAUUGCCGAGAAGGAUGAUAGCCAGUCGUCUUCAUCGAGGAACAGUGUGAAUGAUGCCGCUGCCGAUGUAACUGGCAUGAAGCUACCAUCUAUUCAGAUGUCCGAGUUUGACUGUGAUCCUGAGGCUGCCAACGAGACAAUGACGAACAUUGUGAACCUAAUCGCCCCCGAAACUCUUUGCAGUAGAACUGGCCCGACUGGCCGCGAUCGUAUCAAGUCAUGGGCCAACGGCUGUGCCAGGCCCGUCAGCAAUGUCGCCAGCGUCAUCCCAGCCCGCAUCGCACCGAACUCGGCGUACCGCGCCGAGCUCAAUGCCAUCGUCAAGAACUUUCUGCUGCCCAAUUCCGAGAAGGAACUUAACAUCCCGCCCGCCCUGCGCGACCAAGCCCUCCUCGACCUCCAGCACUCGUCUGACCCUGCGCAUCUGAAACCCAUCGCCGACCACGUCUACGGCCUGCUUAAGAACUGCUCCCAUCGCAACUUUGUCCGGCUCGGCGUCUCCAAUGGCACUUUCGAGACACUCUGCAUGGCCACUAGUUUCGGCAUCGUCCUCACCAUCGCUGGCUUCCUUUGCGUGCUCCUCCGCGCCUUUGUUCCCUUCACCGGCGCCCAUAGCCGCUGGAACGCAUUUGCCCCCUGGCCCAUGUGGUUCGUCGGCAUGUCCCUUGUUCUCUCUGGCGUCCGUGGCAGCUGCUUCUUCCUUCUUCUCUUCACGCGUCGCCAGCCUCUUCCCUGGGAGCGUUUCGACGACAGCGCCUCUCUCUUGUCGCAGCGGACUGGCCUCUUGAAGUUCAUCUCCCGCAUGAUGAUCUUUGACCGCAAGAUCCGCGUCAAGGACACCCACCUGCGCAAGCUGCAGCACAAGAUCGUGUUCCAGGCUAUGGCAGGGGGUGCCAUAUUCGCCACCUUGGCUGUAUUGCUAUUCGUGCUGCUGCCGGUUUGGAGGGAGACUGCGAAGCUCGGCAGGUGA